AUGCAGCAUGGCUCUACCGCCAUACAGAUCGGAAAGGGACCACUUGUGAACAUAAAAUGCGAGUAUGAUGACUACAAAGAUAAUGAUUUUGUUCCUCGUGGAGCCCGUCACAAUGCGCGACAAAGGCCGCGCCCCUGCUUGGCAAGUGCUCUGAGGAAAGGACUCUGCGCUUUCGUGAUAACUGGUUUUAUCAUUUAUCACCUGGGAUUACCAUAUAGCUCACCCUCCACUGAAAUACACCCGCCCCCGCACGCGGAAGCGCCCGCGCUUUGCCAGUCGCAAGAGUGUAUCCAUGCUGCAUCAAACAUCCUAUACAAUCUAGAUCCCAAUUUUAAGGAUGCGGAUCCCUGUACGAACUUCGAUCAGUAUGUCUGUGGUGGAUGGAGAGAGAGUCAUGACAUGCGACCCGAUCAGGGGUCUAUCUUUGCAGGUACAAUUAUGGAAGAGAAUGCUCAGACCCGACUGCGUCACAUCUUGGAGCGUACAGAGCCACCCCAGCCGUCGGAUGUUGAUAAUUUCAAGAAGCUCAAAUCUGCUUACGAUGCAUGCUUGGAUGAGGCUACGGUCUCUAAGCGGGGUAGCAAGCCAUUGACUGAUAUUCUGGAUGACUUGAAGAAUAUUUACCCUGCAAAGACGGGCCUUGUGAAAGGUGCCCAGGAUCACUUGACCAAUGCUCUUCUCUAUCUGAUGAAUGCUGGUGUCGAGGCUCUGGCUUCAUCUGGUGUUACCCCCGACGACCGAGACCCUGACAAUGUUGUGAUCAUGAUUUCACCUCCUCGGGCAAUCGGACUUCCCGCACGAGAAUAUUAUAAUAAUACAAAGACGGUUGCUGAAUACACAACUGUCUUGCAAGAGGUCAUCCGUGGUCUCGCUGGUGAUGGGUUUGAAAAAGUCGCCGAGGACGUUGUGACCUUUGAGAAGAAGCUAGCCGACGUCACCCCUGAUACUCAAACCCAGGAAGAUGUCACCAAGUACUACAACCCUCUCAGCAUCAAGGAAACCGAAGCACUGGUACCUGAAAUUUCCUUCACUGAUAUCAUUACAUCUUUGGCGCCCCACGACUACAAGGGAGAUCGUCUAAUUGUUGGAUCGCCCUCUUACAUGAAGGCAUUGUCUGGACUAUUGAAAGAUACACCCAGAGAGACCGUUCUGCUAUUUUUGCAGUGGAAGCUCAUUCAAGAGUAUGCAAGCGUGAUUGAAGAUGACUCUGUUGAGCCUCUGCGGCGUUUCAAGAAUGAGCUUGUUGGUAAAGAGCCCCAGGCUAAAGAGGAGCGAUGGCGCCAGUGCCUGGUACGUCUCGACGAAGGGCUUGGUUGGAGUCUCAGCCGAUUCUAUGUUCUCGAUUCCUUCUCCGAAGGCUCCAAAAAGCUCGGUGAUCAGAUCGUGUCCGAUAUCAAAGAGCGAUUCAUCUUUACUCUCGACCAAACUAGCUGGAUGUCUCCCGAUGUCCGAAAGUUGGGCAUUGAGAAGGUUGAGAACAUCGUCCAGAAGAUCGGAUUCCCGACCAAGAGCCCCAACGUUCUGGAUCCAGAGGAUGUAAAGAAAUACUAUCGCGAUCUGGAAGUGUCCAAUAAUACUUUCUUCGAGAACGAAGUCGCCGUUGCGAGAUUCCGACUUCGCGAUGAAUGGUCUAAGCUUGGAAAACCUACUGACCGGGACGAAUGGGACAUGACUGCGCCGACCGUCAACGCUUACUACAACCCGCCCGGGAAUGAAAUUGUUUUCCCUGCUGGUAUCAUGCAGCCACCUGCGUUUUAUGGCCCUGCCGCUCCGUUGUACCUAGCUUAUGGCGCGUUCGGUGCCGUUAGCGGCCACGAGCUUUCCCAUGCUUUCGAUUCCACCGGUCGUCACUACGAUGAGAAUGGGAACUACACCAACUGGUGGGACGAUAAGACGGUCGAUGCAUUUGAAGAACGAGCUCAAUGCUUCGUUGACCAGUAUUCCAAAUUUACUGUUACUGGUCCCGAAGGCAAGGUCCUCCAUGUGAACGGACGGUUGACAUUAGGUGAGAACAUCGCCGACGCUGGAGGCUUAACUGCUUCGUUCCAUGCUUGGAAGAAACACGACGAGUCUCAGCCUGAUCUUCACCUUCCGGGGUUGGAGAAGUUCACUAAAGAGCAGCUGUUCUUUAUCUCCUAUGGUAAUUGGUGGUGUGGGAAGACAACUAAGGAGGCUGCCGAGCAGGCGAUCUAUAAUGAUCCCCAUGCGCCCAAGUCGGCGCGCAUCAUCGAAACCAUGGCCAACUCUAGGGAGUUCAAGGAUGCCUUUAGUUGCCCAGAGAAGAAGCCGACUUGUAAGCUCUGGUGA